AUGGAUCUCAUAAAUUCACAAUUGAAAAAGUGCUUUAACUAUAUUGAUUUGCUACAAUAUAAGACCUUUGAAGUCAUAAGUGUUAGCAAUGAUGAUUCCAAUUUAAAAGACUUAAUUUUGUCAGAAGAAGAUGUUACAAAAUUCAAAGCCAAGGUUAUAAUCGAACUUGAUAAAUUGAAUCCAAUUCUAGCAAAAUGGUUCACAUUUAAAUUAGAUAAUUUUGGCAUUUUUCAAGAUAGUAUAGUUAAACAUAUUCAAAUAUGCAUUAAUGAUAAUAAUUUUGAUAAAGUUGAUAUUUAG